UAUUUGCCCGGAUUUGAUGAUGUUACUCUUUAUCAUAAUUACGACCGACGAGCUGCGAUAAUGCUUUAUCGGAAAGGUUCAUCUUAUAUUGUGGAAGGUAAUAUUGGAGGUCGCAUACUUCGAUACAACAACGGUAAUGACUUGGAUGAUGAUAACUCCACAUACGUUUUAGCUCUUAUGGCACUAGCUAAAGAAAAAGGUUCAAAGAACCAUUCCUAUAUAUUAUGGAAACCAUUCCUAUAUAUUAUGGGAACCAUUCCUAUAUAUUAUGGGAAUCGUAUCUUGGAUGGAUACGUACCUUGGAUACGUACCUUGGAUGGAUCAUUGUGUUGCAGAUAUGAUGUCUCAUUAUUUCAAGUACAAAUUUUUACACAAUUACUUUCAAAAAGACUCAUGACUGUUCUUACUUCAACAAUAACGAAUUUUGAAGCUUCAUGGAUCACUUCGAAUAGUUCUCCGCUAAAUAAAUAA